ACUUCGGUUUGGGUACCCGGGCAGUGUCACAUCCCUCACACAAAUCGAAUGAUUCAUGUGGCACGUAUCUAUUUGAUGUCUCCUUGUGCCAAUGUCGGGUUUAAAUAAGUGAAUAAGUAAAGUUGCAGAUAAAUCCACUGACAUUAGUAAGUAAUGAAAUCGAGAAAACUGAUGCCUUGUUAAAAUAUUUUAGCAGUGUUUUCUACUGACGACGGUGGAAGACCAGCAAUUAACUCCAAUAACAGUUUUCUGUCGAUGGAUUCUUUGUUUAUUAAGAAGUGAGUUGUUCUACAAGUAAUUCAACAUCUCGAGUAGGACAAGUCCACUGGUUCUGGUGAUAUCUAUCCUCAAAUCAUGGCAGCCCUAGCUGAUAUAAUUGCCGACUGACUGGCAAUACCCUUCGAUAUGUCCCUGAAGUUGUCAAAACUACCACGAGACUGGAGAGGUACAAUCAUUAGUUCAGUCUACAAAACUGGGGACAAAUACUUGAGUAUGAAAAGUGACACAAAAAAUUUAAUUGCUGGAAGCUUGUCCGGUUUUACUGUCCGUUUUCUAACUCAACCAUUAGAUGUUAUAAAAAUUCGUUUUCAAUUACAAGUUGAAGAUAUUAAGCCCUCAGGAAAAUCAUAUUACACUGGCCUAUUACAGGCAUUCAUUCGUAUUUACAAAGAAGAAGGUGUAUAUGGUCUAUGGAAGGGUCAUGUACCAGCACAAUUUCUUUCUAUUACAUUUUGUGGAGCACAAUUUGGGAGUUUUUAUGCCAUUGAAAAUUUACUAACCAACCAAAUAAAUCUUGGCUCAUCAUCUGGAUGGGUGCAUGAUAUGAUAGCCGGUAGUGUAACUGGUCUGAUUGCGUCUACAUUAAGUGAACCAUUAGAUGUCAUGAGGACACGACUUAUAGCUCAAGGUAAAAAUCAGGUUUAUUCAGGCUUUCUAUGUGUUAUGCGUCAUCUUAUUCAUGAAGAAGGAUUACUUGGCUUAUGGCGAGGACUUGGACCAUGUCUUAUAUCAGUAGUACCACAAACAACUGUUUAUUUUACAGUUUAUGAACAAUUGAAGCGUUCUCAUAUUUUAUUGAAAUCAAAAGAGAAUAUCCCAAUGAAGCAUAAAUCCGCUUCUUUAAAUAACGAUGUUGAUCAUGAAUUAUCAUUGGAGACUGAUCACCAUCUUCAUCAACAAUUAAAUUGGUAUUUUCCACUUUGGGCUGGUGGAUUCUCUGGUCUUUUAGCUAAAACAAUUGUAUAUCCACUUGAUUUAGCUAAAAAACGUUUAGAAAUACGUGGAUUUGAAAAAGCUCGUUUAAUAUUUGGUAAAUUGCCUAAAGAUUAUACAUUAUCUACAUAUAAAAAUAUUAAUUUAACACAAUUCAAUUCUAUUCAAUUUUUUGCUUCAUUUUAUUGUUUAAUUGAUAUUUUUAAAGAAUAUGGUAUUUAUGGUUUGUAUAAAGGUUGGAUACCAUCAGCUUUAAAGGCUACAUUAACAACAGGUUUAAUGUUUUGGUUUUUUGAACAAUAUAAUUUUUUAUUAUCUUAUUAUUAAUACUACUAUUAACUACUUCUACUACUAAUACUACUAAUAAUAAUAAUAA